AUGUCGUCUCCUUCGUCCACUCUGCGGAAGAGAGGUGGAAAGAAGGAGGCUUACACUGCAUUGCCCUCUGAUGAUGGCUCGUUGACUCCCGUCGCGCCGGUCAAGAAGUCGGAAUGGGACUAUUGGCUGGCCAUAGUCAUUCUUACCGUUCUGGCUUUCGCGACGCGAUUCUAUCGCAUUGAUUACCCUAAUGAGGUCGUCUUUGAUGAAGUCCAUUUCGGAAAGUUCGCUUCUUACUAUCUUCAACGUACCUAUUUCUUCGAUGUGCACCCGCCCUUUGGAAAGCUGUUGUUCGCCCUCAUGGGCUGGCUAGUAGGCUUCGAUGGAAGUUUCCUCUUCGAGAACAUUGGCGACUCCUACAUCGAGAACAAUGUCCCCUACCUCGCUCUGCGCGCCCUACCAGCUACCCUCGGUACUUUGACUAUUCCCGUAGUUUUUCUCAUCAUGUGGGAGUCCGGCUACUCUUUGCCUGCCUGUGUCCUUUCUGCCGGUCUGAUGGUGUUUGACAACGCUCACGUGGGCGAGGACCGACUGAUCCUCUUGGAUGCCACCCUUGUGCUGUCAAUGGCGCUUAGCAUUCUGUGCUACGUCCGGUUCUACAAGUUGCGUCACGAACCAUUUGGUCGGAAGUGGUGGAAGUGGCUUCUGUUGACCGGCUUCUGUCUGAGCUGUGUUAUCUCCACCAAGUACGUUGGUUUCUUCACCUUCGUGACCAUCGGUGCGGCUGUUCUCAUUGAUUUGUGGAACCUGCUUGAUAUCAACCGCCAGCAGGGAGCCCUCAGCAUGAUCAACUGGGGCAAGCACUUUGUUGCUCGUGCUGUUGGCCUCGUUAUCAUUCCAUUCCUUUUCUACCUGUUCUGGUUCCAGGUCCACUUUGCUAUUCUCACUCGGUCUGGCCCUGGUGAUGAUUUCAUGACCCCUGAGUUCCAGGAGACUCUGAGUGACAACCAGAUGUCUGCGCAGUCCGUUGGUAUCCAAUACUUCGACACUAUUACCAUGCGCCACAAGGACACCAAGGUCUUCCUCCAUAGCCACUGGGACAAGUACCCCCUGCGUUAUGACGAUGGCCGAAUCUCUAGCCAGGGCCAGCAGGUCACUGGUUACCCCCACAAUGAUACCAACAACCAGUGGCAGAUUAUGCCCAGCAACCCACUGGUUGACCCCUCUCAGCCUCAGAGCGUGCGGAACGGCGAUAUCAUCCAGCUCCGCCACCUUGGAACUGAGAGCUACCUCCUGACUCAUGAUGUUGCCUCUCCCUUCUUCCCCACAAACCAGGAGUUCACCACCGUGUCUCAAGAGCUGGCUGAUGGCGAGCGCCACAACGACACCCUGUUUGAGCUCAAGAUUGAGGGGGGCAAACCCAACCAAGAAUUCCGUACCCUUGCCAGCUUGUUCAAGCUGAUUCACGUUCCCACCCGGGUGGCUUUGUGGACUCACACAACUCCGCUUCCCGAGUGGGGUUACAAGCAGGCCGAGAUCAACGGUAACAAGAACAUCCUUCAGUCCAGCAACGCGUGGUACGUUGAGAACAUCGAGAACUUGGCAGAGGAUAGCCCUCGUCUGGUCAAGGAGGAGCGCAAGGUCAAGACACUGCCCUUCCUGCGCAAGUACUUCGAGCUGCAAGGUGCCAUGUUCCACCACAACAACGCCCUGACUAGCAGCCACCCUUACGCCACCGAGCCCUUCCAAUGGCCGUUCCUGCUCCGCGGUGUUAGCUUCUGGACCAAGAACGACACCCGCGAGCAGAUCUACUUCCUGGGUAACCCCAUCGGAUGGUGGAUUGCUAGUAGUAUCUUGGCCGUGUUCGCUGGUAUUGUCGGCGCCGACCAGCUCUCUCUUCGCCGUGGUGUUGAUGCAUUGGAAGAAAUCUGGGGUCCCGGUACUCGCUCCCGCCUGUACAACAGUACUGGGUUCUUGUUCCUCUGCUGGGCCGCCCACUUCUUCCCCUUCUGGCUCAUGGGCCGCCAGCGCUUCCUGCACCACUACCUGCCGUCGCACCUGGCCUCAACCAUGGUCUGUGGAGCCCUGAUUGAAUUUAUUUUCAACCUGCAGCCCCUCGAUCCCCGCACUGCCCUACCCCCCACCGACGACCCCUCUGGCAAGUCCAAGGCCCGCUCCAUCAGCAGCCUGGGCCGCUUCAUCACUGCCAAGGAUCGUAUGGGCUCCAAGUCUCUCAUUGCCGGUUGGGCGGCGACUCUCAUCAUUCUGUCCGCUACCAUCUGGGGUUUCAUUUUCUAUGCGCCGCUUACUUACGGUACCCCUGGCCUCGAUGUCGCCGGAGUCACCGCCCGCAAGUGGCUGAACUAUGAUCUGCACUUCGCCAAAUAA